AUUCUAAAUACAUGUAUGAUUGAAAAAGAAUCAAAUUGUAUUUUUUACUCACUGGACUAACUUACACUUUGUUUUCAUGCUAACCAAUGGCGAGAUUUUCGAAGGACGAGAUCGCCACGGCGAACGCAUUAAAGCGUCAGGGCACUGCGGUCCAAGCGUUUGAUGCGUCUGACAACCUGCUAACUGGUUUCCAAAUCUGGACUGACGCGGCACCUAGUAUCAAGGAGGAUCCUUCUCUUCUCUUUGUAAAAUGCCUUGUACACCCCGGUUCUACACGUGAGAAGUUGAUAUGCUCGCAGAUUGAGCCUGCUCCUCCUGCUGGACAGGAGGACAAGACCUUCGAGGUUCCUUUGGCCAAUGCGUGGAACACCAAUAUGUCUAUUGACCCUAUGACUUAUGGUGAUAUUGGUAUGCUUCCUCAGACCAACAUUCCAUGUGUUUUGGACUACCUUCGUCACCGUUUCAUGAACAACCAAAUUUACAGCACAGCUGACCCUCUUUUGGUUGCUAUUAACCCUUUCAAGGACCUUGGAAAUGCUACUGAUGCUGUGAUUCGUGAAUACAAGACAGCUGCUGACUCGUUGAAGCUGGCUCCUCAUGUCUUCCGCACUGCUCGUAUGGCUUUGGAGAAUGUCUACGACUACAAGUACUCGCAGACCAUUAUUGUGUCUGGUGAAUCCGGUGCUGGUAAGACUGAAGCCACCAAGCAGAUGAUGCGUUACUUCGCUUACAGCCAGAAGGGUGAGACUAGUGGUAAGAUUCAGACUGCCAUUAUGGCUGCCAACCCCGUGCUUGAGGCCUUCGGUAAUGCCAAGACCAUUCGCAACAACAACUCAUCUCGUUUCGGUCGUUUCAUGCAGCUUGAUGUAUCAGAAGAAGGUGGUAUUCGUUACGGUUCAGUCGUUGCCUUCUUGCUGGAGAAGUCACGUAUCAUCACUCAGGAUUCGGACGAGCGUUCAUACCACAUUUUCUACCAGUUUUUGAAGGGUGCCACUCCUGAAAUGCGUAACAAGUACAAACUGAAGGGUCUUAACGAGUACAAGUUUUUGAACCCCAACUGCUUGGACGUUCCUUCCAUUGAUGAUGUUGCUGACUUUAAGGAGGUGUUGGAGUCCUUCAAAAACAUGGGUUUGGGUGAGAGUGAAAUUGAUACCAUUCUUUCUGUUCUUUCUGGUGUAUUGUUGAUGGGUAAUGUGGAGAUUGGUGCUACAUCCGUGGAUGGUAUUGAUGACGCUGCUAUGAUUGUUAACAAGGAUGUUUUCAACACUGCUUGUAAUUUGCUUUACCUAGACCCUGCUCUCCUCGAAACUGAGCUUACAGUCAAGAUUACUAGUGCUGGUAACAACCAGAUUAAAGGCCCCCGUAAGAAGCAGGAUGGUGAGGUGUUGAAGACCAGUGUUUGCAAGGCCAUCUAUGAGCGUUUGUUCCUUUGGUUGAUUCGUAACCUUAACCGUUCCAUUGAGCCUCCUACAGGUUUCAAGACCUUCAUUGGUAUGCUUGAUAUUUUCGGUUUUGAGGUCUUCAAGAACAACUCGUUGGAGCAGCUUUUCAUUAACAUUACUAACGAAAUGCUUCAGACAAACUUUGUCGACAUUGUAUUCAAGCGUGAGGCUGCUUUGUACACCAACGAGGGCAUUCCAAUCCCUGAGUUGAAGUACACCAGCAAUGCUGACAUUAUUGAGGUACUAUGCUCCAAGGGCAAGUCUAUCUUGUCCCUUUUGGAGGACCAGUGUCUUGCACCAGGUGGUACGGAUGAGAAUUUGGUAAGCUCCUGCAACAACCAGCUCAAGGACAACUCCAAGUAUUCUCCAGCUAAGGUCGGUGCUAAGUUGAACUUCACCGUUACUCACACUAUUGGUACUAUUUCUUACAACGCCCAGUCGUUUAUAUUCAAGAACAAGGAUGUGCUAACAGCUGAGUUGGUUGAGUGUGUCAAUGCCUCUCCUAAUGAGAUGAUCAAGGGAUUGUUCGAGAACGUUGUUGUAACUCGUGGCAAGUUGGCUAAGGGUCAACUUAUUGGUUCCCAGUUCAUGUCACAGCUGGACGCUUUGAUGAAGUUGAUCAACAGCACCGAUUCCCACUUCAUUCGAUGUGUGAAGCCUAACGAGAGUAAGCAGCCUCUUGACUUCAACAGCGUCAAGAUUUUGGUACAACUUCACGCUUUGAGUAUUAUAGAGGCCUUGCAGCUUCGUAAGUUGGGUUACUCCUACCGUCGUCCUUACGAAUCCUUUUUGGAGCAGUACAAGUACCUCGAUUUGUCCAUCACUAAUGACAAGUCACUUGACCCCAAGGUUGCCGCUGAGCGUCUCAUAACAUCAGUUGGUGUUUCCAAGGAUCAGUAUGCCUUUGGUAAGAGCAUGAUGUUCUUGACCCAGAAAUUGGCCAAGGAGCUUACUGCCAUCCAGCGCCAGCGUUUGAGUGUAUGGGAGCCUAUUACUGCAAUGAUUGAUGCCUGGAUAACUCGUCAGAUGGCUAAAAAGAGCCUAAUGUCGGCUGUGGAGGACAUUGUUCGCCUGCAAGCUCACUUGCGCCGUCACAUUGUGGAGAGCAGGGUGACCCCUAGUCCCGAUAGGAUGGUGAAAAUGCAGAUGACUUCAUAGAAUAGAUAUGAAUUGUAC